UUGAAGACUCUUUCGUCUAUAUCAUGUUCUUUUUCAAUGUGUAACAUACAGAUCUGUGGAGAAGUAUUUCUCGUUGAUGAAGGAUGGGGAAGGAGUCCAACAGGCUGGUUCUUGGAGCAUCUUCAGUAGUAUUAUUGUUUGUUUUGUUCUUUCUUUAUGCUGCAAUUUUCACAUCGGAUGUUAACCCAUUUGAUUCAUGGAAGAACAGUCUACCAGACUGGGAUCGUAGUCUCCGCAGCAGAAAGGUUGAAAAAGGCAAAGAAGUUGCAAAGCCUCUAGAAUUUCUUCUAAGAAGAUUAGUAAGAGGAGAAGAUCGAACUCAGCUUGAAACCACUGGAUUUUCUUGCCACUCUGACCUCCAUUCUGAAGUUUGUAUCACAAACAAACCAGCUAUAGUUGACAAUAGUGCAUUGACUACUUACCUCCAAUCCUCCGGCGUUCAAGUUAAACACAUGGUUCGGCCAUAUGCAAGGAAAGAGGAUGAGACGGCCAUGAAACAAGUGACGCCCGUGCAAAUACUUGCUGGAAAUGUAAGCUCACCGGCUUGUCAUUUCAAACAUGAUGUCCCGGCUGUGGUCUUCUCCUCUGGUGGCUUUACAGGGAACCUAUUUCAUGAGUUUAACGAGGUCAUCAUCCCCUUAUUCAUCACAUGCCGCCAGUUUCAAUCCCACCUGCAAUUUGUCAUCUCCGAUUUCAAGCCUUUGUGGGUCAGAAAAUACAAUCGGAUUCUAACCCACCUGUCUCGUUUCGAGGUCAUAAACCCAGCAACAGAUGGAAGUGUUCGCUGCUUUCCUGCAGCAGUUAUAGGGCUCAUGUACCACGAGAACCUAGCCGUAAAUUCUACAGAAAUUCCUGGAGGGUACUCCAUGUUUGACUUCAAGAAGUUCCUCAGAGAAUCAUAUAACCUGAAGACACAGACUGUUUCUGAUAUAGAAAAGCCCGUGCUAGUUCUCAUAUCUCGUCGUAAAACAAGAACAUUUCUGAAUGAAGAUGAAAUGGUGGGCAUUAUGGAGGAACUGGGUUUUCAAGUAGUUGUGGUGAAGCGUAACAGUAUGUCAAACUUGGACAAGUUUGCCAGUUUCAUAAACUCGUGCAGUGUCAUAAUCGGAGCCCAUGGUGCUGGCCUUGCAAAUGCAGUGUUCUUACCUGCUGGGGCAGUGAUGGUGCAAGUGGUACCACUGGGGCUGGACUGGGCUUCAAAAGCCUACUAUGGAGACCCGGCAGGGGAGAUGGGGGUGCAUUACAUGGAAUACAAGAUAGAGCCAGAGGAGAGUUCGCUCUUCAAAGAAUAUGGACCACAGCACCCAGUCAUAGCUGAUCCCAUGUCUAUAUUCUUGCAGGGCUACUAUGCUGCAAGAGCUGUGUAUGUUGACGGCCAGAAUCUGACGAUAAAUUUAUUCAGGUUUAGGGAGACACUCAACAAGGCAAUGAAAUUUCUUGUACACUAAACUGCAUGCUUUGAUUGAAGAUUACAGGGCUUUGUUUUUUUGUUCUCUUAAGAAUACAGAAAACCAUAUUCAAUCAUGUAUUUUAUUGCAAACCGAAUUAGAGUUUGUGUCAAGGAAAUCCCCAAAAGACUAUAAAAUUAGAGGUUGCCACCA